UUUUCAAUGGAAGAGUUUAAAUAUACCAGUCAUUUCCCUCUUUGACGGGUAUUGGGGAUUCCUGAUCUCGGCAUAUAGAGACAUGCGACCACGAACCCUAACGAGCGUCAAGAGCCUCAAGAUUCAAGAGACGGAUUCAAGCUCAACGGCAUUGGACCCUGACGACCCGCCAAUGACUGGCCAAUAGAAAUGGCUCCCCAUCCUCAAUACGAACCCUCCCCUCCGAAAGUGAAACAAAGUCAAUACUGGCCCAAGAUCCCCGAUCUCAUCACCUUCUACGGCGCUCUAUUAAUAGUCCUUCUAUUUAUCCGAUACUUUGUCUCCCGCCUUCUUCGUCAGUGGCGCCGAAGAGAGACGCGGUCGUCGACGUUUACUGAGGAGGUGCCUGUUUUCAUGGUAGAGAAUGAUAUAAAGAAGUCAGCAGCUGGAAAGGGGGACGAUUGACAUUGUGUAUGAAGAAAUAUGGGUUUAUUUCGAACAUUUGGGCGCGGUUGGAAAGGCGUUAUGGGAGUAAAAGCUGGUGAUCUGGUUUAACGUACAACUAGUCUUAACUAUCAACUAUUGAUGGCACCAAAGUAAGAAAGAAAAAUCAUAUAUACUAUAUAGCUACCACUCAUUUUGCCCCCGCGGAGUCAACCAGGC